UCUGGUAACUCGUGUCAUGAGUGGCAGGAUCUUUUCAGUGGGACAGUUCUACACGGGACGCAUUGUGUCGUGGGAUUAAUUACCAGCCUGCAGCGAUGGGACCUUUGUAGCGAUGCUGGAUAAAAGCACAUUAUUCUCUCAUUUAUUUCCGGUUAUCAAUCAGUUUCUCAGCCUCGCGCGAUGGAGCCCGAAGCGGGACGAGACGACGGGACCCUCCGCGCGCUCUGGAGACCAAGGAGGCGUGUAUGAGGGUGGACGGACUGGCUUCAGUCAUGGAGCCUGAGCUGAACUGCAGCUCCCAGUGUGAUUCCCCACUCUGCUUCAUCCACUCAGGAGUCAACAGGCAGGACGGCCUCCACAUUCUGCAGAGACUAUGCACUCUCAGCUCGACGGAGCUCCCGAGGCGGCCUGUCUCUCCUGUGUUGAGCGCUGUGGUGUGGACGCUGCUGUCCUGUGGCAUCCUGCUGGCUUUCUGCUUCCUGCUCUUUACCCUGCGCUUCAAAAACAACAGGAUAGUGAAGAUGUCCAGUCCCAACCUGAAUGUCCUGACUCUCUUUGGAAGUGUCCUCACCUACAGCAGCGGCUUCUUCUUUGCCGUUGGGGAGCGAUCACAAGGCGGCGCCUCCACAGCUGUGCUGCAAGCUCGGAUGUGGACUCUUUGUGUCGGAAGUACCCUGAUGUUUGGCCCAAUUCUGGGAAAGACGUGGAGACUGUACAGAGUGUUCACCCAGCGGGUGCCCGACAAGAGAGUGAUCAUCCGAGACAUCCAGCUGAUGGGCCUGGUGGCUCUGUUGGUCCUGGUCGACAUGCUGGUUCUCACCACCUGGAACCUCACAGACCCGAUCAGGUGUUCACGGACCGUCAGAGCCGUCGUCACGGUGGUAGAGAGAGACAUUUCCUACUCUUUGUCUCAGCUGGACACCUGCUCAUCUGUAUAUUCAGCUCUAUGGAUUGUCAUCAUUGCUCUUCAGAAGGUCGGUCUUCUCUUCUACGGGACUUAUUUAGCAGGGUUGACCAGCAACGUCAGCCACCCUCCCGUCAACCAGUCGCCCACCAUCAUGACCACCGUCACUUUGGUCACCCUCUUUUCGGCUGUGGCCGUGCCUGUGUCCAUCUUCCUGCAGGCCUGGCCCGACCUGGUUUACAUCACUGUGGCCGGAGCCAUCUUCAUCUGCACUCUGGCUACCAACUGCAUGCUGUUUGUGCCCCAGCUGACUCAGUGGCGGCAGUUCGAAGAGGACCAGAACAACCCGAGUCAGAUGGCCAAGUAUUUCAGCAGCCCCAGUAAGAGCCAGCCGUCCGUGUACAGCCAGGACGAGAUGUACUACAUCCUGGGCGAGAACGACUCCAUGAAGAAAAUCCUAAGUGAGAAGGACGCCGUGAUUGACAGUCUGCAGGAGCAGGUGAACAACGCCAAGGGGAAACUCCUGCGACUGGUGUCAGCCAGCCAGCCGCCCGAGGACCAGCACCUCGACUCGGCCGACAGCAACCUCAACUCCACCUCCACUCAGACCACGGAGCUUCAGGCCGACGGCUCUGCUUCGUCUUCUUCUUCUUCUUCUCUACCUCAAAGAGACGCUAAAUCCCAACUCUCGCCACCGCAUCUCUACUCUCGACUCACGGCCGCAGCCGUUGCGCCGUCCGCUGGGCCUCCCUCGGCUCCUGGCGCCUCGGCCCCCGCCGCUGCUCCGUCUCUUCUCCCCGGGGAUGUGUAUGAAAGUGAGAACAUGAGGGGUGUUUCUGCUGCCGGUCUCCCGGGGGAGGAUCUCAAACCUCCCUCGCCCCUCGCGUCCCCUGGCUCGCUCAGGACGGCAGCAGAGACGGUUCACUUUGUCACUUCCCUACAAUCCCGCAGAGGGUUAAACCCUUCUCCCUUAGAGGCUUUCAACCGUCAGAGCGGCGCGCUUUCCCAGCUCGCACCAAAUGCAAGACCAGCGGGUUUUGUCAGCAGUGAGCAGUUGCAGGAGAUCCUCCAGGAGCUGAGUGUGGAUGCAGUGAUGGAAUUUGCUCUUCGUUCCCCUGGUCAGACAUCGGCAACGCUAAAACGUACCGACGCCUCGGCUCUUUCCCCCCUCUCCCUCCGCACGCCGCGCUCCCCUCAUCCGCCGGCCUUCUUCCGCUACCCGAGCAUCUCCCCCUACGCGAUGAGGAAACGUCGGCCGCCCUUCCACCCCUCCAGGAAAGGGUUGGGCCCUCCCCGUUUCUAUGCAGGUUCAGAGGUUGCCGGGUGUGAAAAGAUAAGGGACAACUGGGAACAUGAAGAUGCAGGGAAGCAUCGCGGCGGGAUCCCUGUGGACGGCCCCCUCCUCCAGGUUCACAACCCUGACCUCCAGCUGGAGGAGGAGGAGGAGGAGGAGAAGGAGGAAGGAAAUGAAGCGAUAAGGAAAGGUCAGAAGCGAAUCUCAAGGUCUCGCAGACUCUCGGCCUUGCACCGUGCAGAUCCCACGACUCCACCCGAUGUGGAGGCGGGUGGUGGUUACGAGCAGCGCCGCAGACGCAUUAGAGACUCCUGUGGCUACUGGGACUCCGACUCUAGCAGCUCAACAGACCACGGCUUCUACCACCGUCCCUACUGUGACUCCUGCCUGCAGCGAGGCUCCCUCAUGUCGUCAGAAAGCUCCUCGGACUCCUCCGACAGCGAGUACGGAGGCUACACCAGCCUGUGCCGCUCGCCGCUCCCUGUGGUGUUCAAAGAGGACAUCAAACCCACCUUUGUGUGAGCACAGGGUGACUGCACUUUACCAUUCCCUCCGUUUCCAUCGCUUGAGUUCAUGUCCUAAGAAACGUUGAACAAAAUGAGUAAGAUGUUCAUUGUGUGUUAAGCUAUUGUGGAGAUCAUCUGACUGUAGCUUUCAGGUGGAACAUGUUUGGGGUUCUGUAUGACAAGGGCGGUAGUAUUCUUGAAUAAACAAAUAAAAUGUUUUUUUUUAUUAGAUUUUUCAGUGGCUCACAAGCACACCAUGCUGUUUGGUUUGGUGUAUUACUUGUGGCCUAAUGUGUAAUAUUCCAUCAUUCAAAUUACAUCUCUUACACAAACAAAGUCUCAGUCUGACAUUUAGAAAAAAAAUGAGUAUAUGUGUCUUUCACAGGACAGCUGAAAUGUUAUAUAUUAUCUAUAUAUUAUCUAUUGUGUGUAUGUUGUAUUUAUUUUAAUAUUUAUAGUAAGAUCUGUUAAUGUAUACAGAAUUCCUCUUUGUAACAUUUUUAUUGUUUUGCAUUAUUUACACAUAAUUUAAAGUGUAUUCCAUU